AUGAUUAUUGAAACUCCACGAGCUUUACAAAAGUGUCUCAAGCCACCGAUUAUAAAAGAUGGGGAGAUUACUGAAGAAACAAGAAAGAGUGAAUAUUUCACGGAUGACAUUGUGAAGUACAGUUGUAACCCUGGUUUCCACAUCACUGGGUCAGAUGAAAGUCGAUGCACAGAAAGAACAUGGUUGGCCGCUCCGCAAUGCACUGAGGACCCAUGUGGCCCCCCUCCAAGUGUAACCAACGCACACGUUCUUUACAAAAAAAAUGAAUAUAAGCAUGGUGAAUAUGCACAAUAUGUGUGUGUGAAUAACUACAAAAUCACUGAAGAGAAACCAGCAACGUGUCUUGAAGGAAAAUGGUGGCAUGUCCCUACUUGUGUUUAUAUCUCGUGUUCACCACCACCUGAAAUUGAAAAUGGAGUGCUUACCGGUAAAAAAAAGGAUCAAUAUGCAUCUGGUGAUAAAGUGCGAUAUAGAUGCAACAAAGAAUAUGCUUUUGAGAAAAAAACAAAUGAUAAAUCUGAAGCAAUUUGUGAAGAGACACAAUGGAAAUCUAUACCUGUUUGUCGAAAAAUAGGAGAGCGCUGCGGCCCAGCACCUGUUGUACAAUAUGGAGACUAUUUGGGACCGAAACAAAAUUAUUAUAAAUCAGGAUAUACUAUGCAGUAUAAGUGUCCAAAUUUUUAUAAAACUGAAGGAGAAACAUCGGUUAGAUGUGAGAAUGGAGUAUGGGGAGACCCACCAGUCUGUCUAGAGCCAUGCACUGCAAAUGCAAAAGACAUGAAAGAAAACAAUAUAGAUUUUAAAUGGAUAGCUGGCAAUAAGCUCUACAGUGAACAUGAUGAUGAUAUGGAAUUUAGGUGUAUUAAUGGCUUUGAGAUUUCUAAUCAAACACAUCUAAGAGUAAAGUGUAAGAGAGGAGUGAUUUUAUAUCCUAAAUGCAUUAAAAUUGGAUCUUGUUUGUUAUCACAAUCAACAAUGAAACAACAAAAUAUAUAUUUAAAUAGGAGUAGUGAAAUAUCUAAUUGGGAAACAGUUACUUUUGAGUGCUAUGAAAAAAUGGUGCCUGAAAAUGUUCUGCAAGCAACUUGCGUGAAUGGAAAGUUAGAUUACCCAAAAUGUUUAUUUGCAGAAAAAUGCAAGUCCGCUCCUGAAGUUCAAAAUGGAAAACUUAAAGGUGAACAAAACCAAGGUGGCUAUGAUUCAGGCUCCACUGUGGAAUUUGAAUGUGAUCCUCAACAUGUGCUCUCUGGGCCUAUAAGUGUUAAAUGUGAAAGGGGUCAGUGGUCUGAUCUUCCGCAGUGUCUUAAGCCAUGCAAAAUUUUCACAAAAGACCUCAAUGCUAGAAAUGUUGAAUUUAUAUCACCGGAAGAUGAGCACAUUUAUGAAAAUGGUGAUGAAGUAGAUUUUAAGUGCAAAACUGGUUUUAAAAAUAUAAAUUCGGGAAAUCCCUUAAAGGGAGAAUGCAAUGAUGGCAAAAUGAAGUAUCCAAAAUGUUUUCAAGGAUCAACCUGUCGUUUAAGUCAAGAGAUACUUGAUGAAAAAAAUGUGGAACUGCAUACUAACGAAAAUUAUGAUGUUUAUUAUGGAAAUGGAGAAACAAUUACAUUCAAAUGUAAGAUAGGGUUUCACAGCACAUCUGAACUGACUGGAAAAUGUGAGAAUCAGAUUCUGACAUAUCCAUCCUGCACAUUCAGGGAAUCUUCAGUAUAAAUUGCUGGCAGCAAAUGGAAAGACAAUGCAGACAAGACAACAUAGAGAUGAUUAUCAAUCAAAGACCUGUGCAUUUUAUAUACUGCUGUUUAAGAAUCA